AUGCACCAUUUACCAGACAUGCGAUCGCAGCUCUUGUUUUUUAUAUUUACUAUGGAUCAAGUUGAAAAUUUGAACUAUGGAGGUUGGGAACUGUUUCUCACGCUUUUUGGGCCAGAAGAGUUGGGAAAUGUUUCCCACGCUCUUUCGGCCACAAGAGUUGGGAGAUGUUUCCCACGCUCUUUGGGCCACAAGAACUACAAAAGUUUGUAG